UUACUCAUUAACUAGUCUGUCAUUAUCAUUAUGUGUUAACUGACCAUAAUUGAGCUGAGAAGAGCAUUUGAAUUACAGUAUGUUUAACAAAAUAGAGAAAUAAUAUUUUUUAUUAGUAGUACCUGUUGAUAAUACAUUAAGGAAUCACAUAGAAAUAGUAUUUUGAAAGUGAGGAUAAACACUGAACACUUAGCGUUAUAGUACUAUCACCACACACACUGGGAGUAUCUUAAUUAAAUCCCGUGCUCUGCUAGCAUGACUCAUUUUGUGGUUGCUGUGAGACCCUUAAAGGAACUGCUCUCAUUCACAAAAAAGCAUCCACGCCUGCCUGCCUGCUUUAUAAGGCUCUUGAGUGAAAUACGGGUUGAUUUUAGGUCAGUGUUCCUUGGUGGUUUUUUUUUAAGUUGCUUCAUUUUAAUUUCAGGUUCUUUCAGGUUUAACUUUGCAUUUCUUACACUUGAUAGUGGGAUAUGUAAAAGUACAUUCAUUUUCUUUAUGCAUCCUGUUCGCUGAAACAGCUUUUCACUUACAUGCACUUCAAAUUCCACGGUUUCUGCAGCGGUCAGUAUUUGCAGUUUGAAACAGUCAUAACAUCUAACCGGUAGAGAAUUUUAAGCAUGCCAUAAUGUUUUUAAUUAUAGUAGUUUGCAUGUAUCAUAUUAAUGAUGCUUCACAGUAUCAUUAUACAUUGCCUUUCUGCCUUCUGCCUAUUUCCAUCAUAAGAUACCUCCCCCGUCCUGCCCCGGGGAGCAGUUGUGGUGGGCAGAUCAGAGGUUAGCAGAGCAAUAAUUUGCUAGUCUCCUUCUGGGCGGUUGUGCUUCUUGACUUCCAGAAUUCAUGUCUAGUAGCUAGUGCCUUUAUCCUGUCCCCCUUUGCACCUUUCAGCUACUACUCCCUUUUCUCAAAGCAGCAGCCCCAUCUCCCCCAUCUAACUAAUUUGGUAUUCUAUUUCUUUCUGCUUCCAAAUUAUAUCAAGUCUGAAAUUCUGUGAAGUAAUUUAUUCUUUCAACAAAUAUUUAUUGAAGACCUGUCUGCUGGGCAUUGUGCCAAAAUAAAAAGAUGGCUAAAACAGUCUCUACCCUAGCAAGAGUGUGGUCCGAUAAGGAGAGACCCAACAGGAUGCUAGAGUGGCGGGUGCUGCGAUAGAGCUCUAAGACAGUUCCGUGAGAGAUUUGAGCUGGGGCUUGAGGUUUGAGGUCUGUGUGUGUGUGUGUGUCUGUCUGUCUGUCUUUUUUCCCCAAGAUGGUGAAAGCCUAAUGAAGAAAAUGGGAAGAAAAGUGCUUUUUUAUUUGAUUCUGUGAAGUUUUUUCCAGCUGUAAAUAGGCUGUGAUUGUUUCUCUCUGUGAAGGGAAAGGCCUGGAAGAAACUGGCUGUCUGCAUUUGUGGACUUUCAUGGACUUUUUUGUCAUACCAGAAAUAGCUCUCUGUAUGCACAAUGCCUUCGUUCUAAUUGGGUUCUCAAAAAAAAAAAAAAAAAGCUCAUGAAUGAUUGACUUUUAGGAAUGAAUAGUGCCUGACUGGCCGGAUUGAAAUGGUACUGGUUUUCCCCUGUACCCGCUCCCCUCCCAGGACACUGUGCUGUGGCCCCUGUUGUUUGAUCUAAAAGCAGUUUGUUUGAGGCCAACUAAAAUGGCAAAUCCUAGACCUGAUGGUGGGUUUGAAGGCAGAGCUUUUUGUUGGCAAGGACCUAUGGCGGCAGAAUGACUCUACAGCAAUCCUAGAUGGAAGAGACUACUGACCUACUUCUUGCCUGGAAUCCCAUUUGUUUGGGGUUGGUAGAAGGUGUUAUUGGGAAAAUUCAGCUUCAUUCAGAUCUUCCAUGGUGGCUUAUUUUAAUUCGGCAGAAAGCAUCGGUGGGCAAACUUCCAGGAGAUCAUGAAGUCUGUAAAGUUACCAAAAUUGCUGUGCUGUCACUUUCUGAAAUGGAACCUCAGGAUCUUGAGCUAGAGCUCUGUAAGAAGCAUCAUUUUGGAAUUAACAAACCAGAGAAGAUUAUACCAUCUCCUGAUGACUCAAAGUUUCUCCUGAAGACCCUUACGCAUAUUAAAUCCAAUGUAUCUGCUCCUAAUAAAAAGAAAGUUAAGGAAAGUAAAGAAAAAGAGAAGUUGGAGAGAAGAUUACUCGAGGAAUUGCUGAAGAUGUUCAUGGACUCGGAAUCCUUUUACUAUAGCUUGACCUAUGACCUGACCAAUUCGGUGCAGAGGCAGAGUGCUGGGGAGAGGGACCUCCGGCCCCUCUGGCAAAAGGUUGAUGACCGAUUUUUUUGGAAUAAGUAUAUGAUACAAGAUCUUACUGAGAUUGGUACACCAGAUGUGGACUUCUGGAUUAUCCCCAUUAUCCAAGGUUUUGUGCAGAUUGAAGAACUUGUGGUUAAUUAUAAUGAAUCAUCUGAUGAUGAGAAAAGCAGCCCAGAAACCCCCCCUCAGGAGUCUACCUGUGUAGAUGACAUUCACCCACGAUUUCUAGUGGCUCUCAUUUCACGCCGAAGUAGGCAUAGAGCAGGAAUGCGCUAUAAACGAAGAGGAGUGGAUAAAAAUGGAAAUGUUGCAAAUUACGUGGAGACUGAGCAAUUAAUUCAUGUUCAUAAUCAUACCUUGUCAUUUACUCAAACACGAGGCUCUGUGCCUGUCUUUUGGAGCCAGGUUGGGUAUCGAUAUAAUCCAAGACCUCGGCUAGACAAAAGUGAAAAGGAAACUGUUGCCUAUUUCUGUGCUCAUUUCGAAGAACAACUGAAAAUUUACAAAAAACAGGUUAUUAUUAACUUGGUAGACCAGGCAGGCAGAGAGAAAAUUAUUGGUGAUGCUUACCUGAAGCAAGUGUUGCUCUUUAACAACUCACACCUCACUUAUGUUUCAUUUGACUUCCAUGAGCACUGCCGAGGAAUGAAGUUUGAGAAUGUUCAAACACUAACAGAUGCCAUUUAUGACAUUAUUCUUGACAUGAAGUGGUGUUGGGUUGAUCAAGCUGGGGUGAUCUGUAAACAAGAAGGGAUUUUUCGUGUUAAUUGCAUGGACUGCCUGGAUCGCACCAACGUGGUCCAAGCUGCCAUCGCACGAGUGGUCAUGGAACAGCAGCUGAAAAAGUUAGGUGUGAUGCCCCCGGAGCAGCCACUACCAGUGAAAUGCAAUCGGAUCUAUCAGAUUAUGUGGGCCAACAACGGUGACUCCAUUAGCAGACAGUACGCGGGGACAGCUGCUCUGAAGGGUGACUUUACAAGGACCGGAGAAAGAAAGUUAGCAGGAGUCAUGAAAGAUGGAGUUAACUCAGCAAAUAGGUAUUACCUGAAUCGCUUCAAGGAUGCUUACAGGCAAGCUGUUAUAGAUUUGAUGCAAGGCAUUCCAGUGACAGAAGAUCUUUAUUCCAUAUUUACCAAGGAGAAAGAACAUGAAGCUUUGCAUAAGGAAAAUCAGAGAAGCCACCAGGAACUAAUUAGCCAGCUCUUACAAAGUUACAUGAAGUUACUGCUGCCUGAUAAUGAAAAGUUCCAUGGGGGUUGGGCCCUCAUUGACUGUGACCCCAGCCUCAUCGAUGCUACUCACAGAGAUGUGGAUGUGCUGUUACUACUUUCUAACUCUGCCUACUACGUGGCCUAUUAUGAUGAUGAAGUUGAUAAGGUAAACCAGUAUCAACGGCUAAGUCUAGAAGACCUGGAAAAAAUAGAAAUAGGUCCUGAACCCACUCUUUUUGGUAAGCCAAAGUUCUCCUGCAUGCGAUUGCACUACAGAUAUAAGGAAGCAAGUGGCUAUUUCCACACGCUGAGAGCUGUAAUGCGCAAUCCAGAAGAGGAUGGAAAAGAUACCCUUCAGUGCAUUGCAGAGAUGCUGCAGAUCACCAAGCAAGCCAUGGGAUUAGAUGUACCUAUAAUUGAGAAAAAACUUGAGAGGAAGAGCAGUAAACCUCAUGAAGACAUCAUUGGCAUCAGAUCUCAAAACCAAGGCUCUUUGGCCCAGGGAAAAAAAUUUUUAAUGAGCAAAUUUUCAUCUCUAAAUCAGAAAGUGAAACAGACCAAAUCCAAUGUAAAUAUAGGCAAUCUGCGAAAGCUAGGAAACUUUACAAAACCUGAAAUGAAAGUUAACUUUCUAAAACCAAACUUAAAAGUAAAUCUUUGGAAAUCAGACAGUAAUCUUGAAACCAUGGAAAACACAGGUGUGAUGGAUAAUAAAGUCCAGGCAGAGUCUGAUGGGGAAAUGUCUUCAGAUAAUGACUCAUACCACUCUGAUGAAUUCCUCCCAAAUUCCAAGUCUGAUGAAGACAGGCAGCUAGCUAGUUCCUUAGAGAAUGUAGGCCCAAUUGACUAUGUUCUGCCUAGUUGUGGUAUUAUUGCUUCAGCACCUCGAGUAGGCAGUCGAUCCCAGUCUGUCAGCAGCACUGAUAUUAGCAUUCCCGUUCCUUCAGAGGUUACUGUUGCUCAUGGAAGUGGGCUUGGAAAAGGCCAUGAGUCUCCUUUGAAGAAAAGUCCUUCAGCUGACAACAUACACAUACUGACUGGCUUUGCCAAGCCUGUGGAUAUUUACUGCCACAGAUUUGUACAAGAUGCACAAAACAAGAUGACCCAGCUCUCGGAAACCAGGUCUCUUUCUCAGCAGGCUAGUGAGGAAGGAAAUCGAAUGACCAAUCAAGUUUCUAAUGAAGAAACCCAAUCAGGAUCAGUGGAACAGAUACCUUCUCGACCAUCUCAGUUAGAUGUGUCUUUUUCUGCAACAGGCCCACAGUUUUUGUCGGUUGAACCAGUACAUUCAGUGUUACCUCAAAAGACCCCCGGCUCCGGAUCCAGCAUGCUUGAACUUGAGACAGGGCUUCAUGUAACUCCUUCUCCAGAGAGCAGCAGCAGAGCAGUCUCUCCCUUUGCAAAGAUUCGAAGUUCCAUGGUCCAGGUUGCUAAUAUUACCCAAGCUGGAUUAACCCAGGGGAUAAACUUUGCAGUGGCAAAGGUUCAGAAGAGCCCUGUGGACCCUGAAGUGGUUAAUGAAGUCCAGCAAAAUGAACUUAAAAAUAUAUUUACACAAUGCCAGACACGAAUAAUUCAGAUUUAGUUUUUAGCCACAAAGAAUCCUCCUGUGGCUUUUAUUUAAUCCAAAAAGGGAGGUUUCACGUAUUAGGCUACUUUAACUUGUACUGUCUUUGAAUCUAGGGAUCACAAAUUCUGUUUAUUGGGAAAGGUUUUAAAAGGAGUCUGAACCUGAGCAGAUUUCCAAAUUUGAAAGCCAGGACGACAGGAGUGCAUCAUCCUAAAAUGUGUAGACCUGAGUAGCUUAUACACUACAGAGCAGUUUGUCUCUUUGAAAGUAAUGCAGGAAUAGCUUACUUUGGGACGUAACUUGAACCUUUUUUGGGGUGGGGUGGGUGGGUGGAAUGUAUGAAGUAGACACUUACAGGAUGGAUGUGGAUACGUUUAGGGGAUUAGCAUUUUUCAUAAUUUUUCUGUUCAUUUCUGUGUAUUACCUCUACAAGGUAAGGUUUUUAGUGACUAAAGUGUUACUGGUAAGGAGAAGCAUUUGAAUAUAAAAAACUAUUUGUUUAGUUUUGAUAGCUUAACGAUUCCUUAUGAAGAGUUGAGGGUUAUUGGCACUGCAGUCAAGAAAUACAUGCCCAUUUGAUCUUAAUUUUCCCCAUAUUCUACUUAAAUGAGUUAAAAAUAUUCUGCCACCUUGUACAUCCCAGAAUCUAGGACCAUUAGGACUUGUCAGUCAUAAAACCGGAGACAUGAGAUAUGAAUAUCAGCACCUAUUAAUUUUUUGUUAUUUUUUCCAGAAUGUAAGAAGGUACAUUUAUUGGAUACUGGUAAUUCUUGAGGGCAGGCUUCAAGUUGCAGGGGACAUAAGUCCUUAACAUCUUGUGCAGACUGUCACAACUACUGAAAAUUUAGUCUGGAGCACGCCUGUGCUAAAACUGGUUUUAUGACUGUAACCCUGACCCCAUGGAACCAGGGCCUCUUCCAUAAGCCCGUGCAGUAAGAAAGUUGCAUAUUUUAUUCCAAACAAGUAUUGGUUUGUCUAGUAUCUUUAUAGCCUUACCGUUGAAGUGAUUCUCAGCUAAACAUUAUGUCUGUUGUAACUUUGAUAAGUGUUUCCACUUUUGUUAUUUAUUAGUGGUAUUUUUUUGAAGUGUCAAAUCUGGUGACUUAAAUAAAAUACCAUUGUAAUUUAAAGUGA